CUUGACUUGACAUUGCUAUCUUUUCCACACACACAGACAAAUCAAGUCACAUGACAUGUACACUGUGGGUUAAAUAAGAUGCAUGAGGACAGACCUCUCCUGAUAUUUCAAGGACUUUGGAUCAUGUCAGACAGAAACGUGACAUUUGUGAAGAACUUUUUCAUUGUUGGUUUUCCUGGACUUCAUCGUAACUACUAUGCCCUUGUGUCUGCAAUUAUGUUCUUAGUUUAUUUGUGCAUUUUGGUUGGGAAUGGGAUUUUUCUACUUCUAUUUGCAACAAACAAAAGUCUCCAUAAACCUAUGUAUUUUAUUUAUACAACACUUGUGUUGUCAGAUAUUUUGUUUAGUACUUGCACCUUGCCAAAAAUCAUUGCUAGAUAUUGGUUCCAAGAUGGGACAAUUUCUUUUGCUGCUUGUUUUUUUCAGAUGUACUUAGUGCAUUAUUUUGGUUUUGUUAAUUCAUACACACUAGCAUUAAUGGCAAUAGAUAGAUAUUUAGCAAUUUGCUGCCCAUUUCAUUACCAUUCUUUGAUGUCAAACAGGAAUAUAGUAAUUUUGAGUUUAAUAGUCUGGGUUUUUGCUCAUGCUUGCUGUAUAAUGAUGGUCGUUCGAGCUUACCCCCUACCUUAUUGUGGAGCUAACACCAUUAUACACUGCUACUGUGAUCACAUAUCUAUUACCCGACUUGCAUGCACUGACAGAGCGCCAUAUAGUUUUCCUGCUUUUCUUUAUGCCAUGGUAACACUGCUGGGGUCUUUUGCCAUUGUUGUGAUCUCAUAUUUCUGCAUUAUUGUAACUGUUCUAAAAAUAUCAAGUGCACAGGGACGGCUAAAGACUUUUUCUACAUGUAGUUCUCAACUCAUUAUAAUUUCACUCUUCUUCCUACCAAGGUGUUUUAAUUACUUGGCUGCCAAUAUAGGUAUCACAUUUAAUGCUGAUUUGCAAAUAGGCAUUAUAAUGCUGUAUAGCAUGCUGCCUCCAAUGAUUAACCCUUUACUGUAUAGCCUAAAAACAGUAGAAGUAAAGAAGAUCUUUAUCAAAACAUUUAAAAAAGGCGAGUUAGCUUGA